AUGACAGAUGCCCCGGACCAGGAGAUGCAUCCGAACAGCCAGGCAGCUGCCGAGACCCCCGCCUUGGUGGUCAAUCUGUUGAAGCACCUCAAGGAGAACCCGCUUCCCGAUGAAAUCAUCAACUGCGCAACGGAGCCAGAGGAUGAGAUGACAGUGCCCCUUCUGCUCCCACCAACGCCGAUGGAAGGCUUUACCCGGGAUGUGACCCGGCACGAGUAUUACAGCGAGCAAAAGAAGUGGGUGGAGCAGAUGCUGCUGAGGAGCAGCCAGAAGUAUUCGUGUGCGGUGGUCACCAGAGACAAUGUGGCCAGGCCCUUCUUGCAGCAGCUGGACCAGAUCCUGCCGGUGCCACUGCGUUCCGUGGCACGACCCUCGAGCAAGGAGCUGCAAGAGAUCUGGCAGUUGUACUUUUACCAGAUGGCCGGGGACUCCGGCCGCCUCUCGAUGUCCACUGACUGGGGCUUGCCCGAAUUGCGCAUCUGCUGCGAAGGCAAGGAGAUCUACUUGGGGUUCCCCGUGAAGAAGCUAGCCGGCAACACGACGGCCGAGAUGCUGCAGCACCUGGAGCGGAUGCGUGCAGAAGAGUUCCUCACGGCAGUUGAGCGGGAUGGCUGGUGUGUGACAUGCCGCCCUGGGAGGGGAGUCGUGCUGCCCACGAAUUGUUUGUUCGUUCAUCUGAGCCUGCAGGGACCUGAGACCUGCCACGGAGCCAGGAUUCACAUCGUGUCUGACAAAAGCCUCCAGACGGCUCUCACUCACCUGGAGAGGCAGGUCCAACAGGACCCGACACUGGAGUCCAAAAGAACCGGCCAGCUGCUGAAGUGGAUCCGCGAGAGGUGA